AUGGAACAGCCUGCAACCAAUCAAUGUAUCUCUAACACACACUACUACUAUUUCCCACGGUCAUACACAGUCUGUUUGGAGGAAACCUUGUUUAAUCACCUGACAAGUUACAGUACUUUUCCUCAAUCCACUUUCUGUCCUCAGGUGAAGAGUUACUGGCUGGGCCCUCACUACAUCAAGGAGGGGCAGGAAGGAAACGACAUCCGACGCACCAACGUCCCCGACAUCCGUGUGGCGUACCGUUACGAGACCAUGUGUGAAGAACUCAACCUCAUCACCCAGGCCAUCCGCACAGACGAGCUGGAGGCCAUCACAGAAGAGGAAGGGACUCUGUGUAUGGGGCCUGUCUAGGGGGAGAGAGGAGGGAGGUCUGUCUAUGGGGCCUGUCUAGGGGGAGAGAGGAGGGGCAGAGA